UGAUCUCAUGUAAGGAGUAAGGAUAGCGUCAGUUGCCACUGUCUUCUCCACACCAAUGUUGCUUCCUCUCUGCAACUUCCAUCCCUUAAACCCUCCCAAAACCCUCCUUUACCCCUCCCCUUCCCUUCCUUUUUUCUCCACCACACACCCUCUUUCCCUAAAACCCUUCUUUUCCCGUUCCUCCAUUCCCGUUUUCGCCACUUCCCCUAAUAAUACUUCACCUUUACCUGAAUCCGCCAUUCAAAGAAUCGCCAACAAACUUCGCAGCCUCGGCUAUAUCGUGGAAAACCCCCAAAACCAAGAAACAACCCCAGAAAAUUCCAAUUCUUCCUCAGCUGGACAAAUUUUUGUUCCUUUGCCUAGCCAAUUACCCAAGUAUCGUGUGGGUCACACGCUUGACGUUAGUUGGAGCACGCCCGAAAACCCGGUACCACAACCCGGUUUAGGGAACAGUAUACAGAAGUUUCAUGAACUGAGGGGUAAUUUUUUAAAGGAGAAGGAGAAAGAAAGGCUGAAGAAUAAGGAUAAUAAGAAAGAGAGAGCGCCUAGUUUAGCUGAACUGACUUUGCCAGCUGAAGAGUUGAGGAGGCUGAGGACACUUGGGAUUGGGUUAAGGAAAAAAUUGAAGAUAGGUAAAGCUGGGAUUACUGAGGGGAUUGUGAAUGGUAUUCAUGAAAGAUGGAGGCGUAUCGAGCUCGUUAAGAUUACCUGUGAGGACUUGUGUAGGUUGAAUAUGAAGAGGACUCAUGAGUUAUUAGAGAGGAAAACUGGAGGUUUGGUUAUCUGGAGAUCUGGAAGUAAUAUAAUUCUGUAUAGAGGAGCUGAUUACAAGUAUCCUUAUUUCUCCGAGAGUAACAGCGGGCAAGAUGCUAGUCCUGACUUGUUCACGGGUACCGAAGAGCAUACGACUAAUUCAUCCGACAUGGAUGCCAUAGAAUCUGAUGCAUCGGACAGAAAGUCUCCUACAUGCGUAAUCCGGGGUGUAGGUUCUCCAGACAGAGUCCGAUUUCAAUUGCCUGGAGAGGCAGAACUUACUGAAGAAGCUGACAAGCUACUGGAAGGACUUGGCCCUCGCUUUACUGAUUGGUGGGGUUGUGAGCCAUUGCCUAUCGAUGCAGAUCUUCUGCCAGCUGUAGUCCCUGGGUACAAGAAACCUUUCCGUCUACUUCCAUACGGAGUAAAACCUAAAUUGACAAAUGAUGAAAUGACAACACUGAAAAGACUUGGUCGACCUUUGCCUUGCCAUUUUGCAUUAGGCAGAAACAGAAAACUCCAAGGAUUGGCUGCUGCAAUUGUGAAGCUUUGGGAGAAAUGUGAAAUUGCAAAAGUUGCCGUUAAAAGAGGAGUUCAGAACACUAACAGUGAACUGAUGGCGGAAGAGCUUAAGUGGUUGACUGGAGGAACCUUGCUCUCUAGGGAUAAGGAAUUUAUUGUCUUUUACCGAGGAAAGGACUUCUUGCCAUCUGCAGUCUCUUCAGCAAUAGCAGAACGGAGAAAGCAAGUUGUCGAAGAGGAAAAGAAGAGUGGUUUUAGUUCAUCAGUGGCAAAUACUAAGGAACGGAAAAAGUCCAUAGCGAGAAGUGUUUCUGAUGAUGAACAUGCAAACCAAAAUGACCAAAAAGGUGUUCAAGAAAAAAAGAAACUGACUUCCAUGGAAGCAGCUAUCAAGAGAACUGCAGAUAAAUUAGCCACUGCAAUAGAAAAGAAAGCCAAGGCAGAGCAGCUCCUUGUGGAGCUUGAGGAGGAUGAGAUGCCACAGCAAGCUGAUUUGGAUAAAGAGGGAAUAACUGAAGAAGAAAGAUUCAUGUUACGGAAGAUUGGCUUGAGAAUGAAGCCUUUCUUACUUCUUGGUAGGCGGGGAGUCUUUGAUGGAACAGUAGAGAACAUGCACCUUCAUUGGAAAUAUAGGGAAUUGGUAAAGGUAAUAACCGGGAGGAAAAGCAUUGAGGAGGUAAACCAAAUAGCUAGGAUGUUGGAGGGAGAGAGUGGGGGAAUACUAGUUGCUGUUGAGCGAGUAAAUAAGGGUUAUGCGAUCAUUGUGUACCGGGGAAAGAACUAUGAAAGGCCUGCUUCUUUGAGGCCUCAGACUCUUCUAAGUAAAAGAGAAGCAAUGAAGCGUUCUAUUGAGGCUCAGCGACGCCAGUCGUUGAAACUGCAUGUCUUAAAGCUUACACAAAAUAUAGAGGCCUUGAAGUCACGGUUGACCAAAAGCGAGGAGAUGAUUCAUAUGCAGUCCCCGGAUAUAGUUGGUUUGCAGGUAGCUGAGACAGGAACAUCUAAUGCUGCAAGAGGAACAAAUUGUCAGUCUAGUUUAGCAAGUCCUUGCACUUCUGAGGAUUGUGGGGAUGCUGUGAAAGACACUGACCACAGUUCUCAGAAAGAAUUACCAAGUGAUUCCUCAGAAACUGACCACAGUUCUGAGCAAGAACUUCCAAGUGAUUCCUCUUUUCAAUAUGAGAGCAAGGCUGAGGCUAUGUCUGAUACAAUUCAACCUCAGCGUCAAUCUAUUUCAUCAACCAAAGAGUCGAAAAGUAUGUUCAAUGUGAAUGUGGAUGAAGAAGCAUUUGGAAGUGCAGUGGAUGAAUCUGUUUCUAAGUCUUCCAGGGGAGAAGUUAAGAUCCACUUUUCUGAGACCAGAAGUGUCGAUAAACUUCGGGAAGUUGACUAUAGGAAGGAGGUGUCUGAAGUUGAUUCCGUCAAACCUCAACAAGAACUUAGAUCCAACAGGAGUAGGUCCGAAGGGAUGCCUCCCAAAAAAGUACAUCUUUCCAACAGGGAGAGGCUGCUUCUCAGAAAACAAGCCCUCAAGAUGAAGCAGCAACCAGUGCUUGCUGUUGGGAGGAGCAAUAUUGUCACUGGAGUUGCCAAAGCGAUCAAAGCACACUUUAAGAAGUAUCCUCUUGCUAUUGUGAAUGUCAAAGGAAGGGCAAAAGGGACUUCAGUUAGGGAGGUGGUUUUUAAGCUGGAGCAAGCUACCGGUGCUGUUCUUGUUUCCCAAGAACCAAGCAAAGUCAUAUUAUAUAGGGGCUGGGGACCAGAAGGACAGCGUGGUGCUUCUAAUCGAAAUGGUAUCAGAGAUUCAAGAAACAGCAGAGAGCACAAGGAUCAGCUGGCAAUAUCUCCUGAGCUAAUAUCAGCAAUCAGGCUUGAAUGUGGUUUGCAGGCCGACUAUGAAAUGGAGGUUGCUUCAUAGGCUACAACCUUGGUACACGUGAAGUUGACAACUGGUUUCGUCAGGGUCAAAGCCUUGAGCUCUCGUCUAGCCACCCUUUUUUGACCCCAAUACAUGGUUUCUGAAUUCUCUUUGCAUGCAUCUGAAAAAUGCUUUCCAGGUGUGGAGUUGGAAUUAUCAACUCUCCAAUACAAAUGAUAGGGAAUCAGCUGCCACCGAGCUUCUCUUCUUGCAGACUUUCAGUAACUGGAAUAAGUCCCGCACUAAUUUUCUGUCUCGUGGCAGUGAUCAUUGUGCAUCAACGGGAGAGAUUCUGAGAUGAAACCUAACUGUAUGUCAGUUAUGUGUCGCUGCUAACUUAAUUGUUUUCGAACAAACUCCAUUUUUGGUUUCGGAUAGGAUAUCUGUUCUCAUCUAUCUUUAGUUGCUGACCUACAUUUUAUGUAAAUAGAACUUGCAAAAAACUCAUCUGUACCAAUUUCAUCUGUUGAAUUUUCCAUAUGUUUAUUGAAGUGGCAAAGCUUGGAGUAGUUCUCAUUA